GCAACCCUCCCCUUUUGCAACUAGCAAACGCGACCACCUUGGCUACUGCUCAGGACUUGCUACCGCCUGGGCCAGGGUUGCGAAUCAUGAGGGCUGGGGGUUUGGUCGGAGACACUUGUGGGAAGGAGGCGGUUACUGCACGCCUGAGUGCCCCCCGUCCUCGACAGGGGCUCACGGUGACCGGCGUCUUACGGUUCAGUUCAAGGGCCCGUUCCGGGGCGAGCACGCAAGGAUCCACAGGGCAGGGGAGUGCUACGGGCCGUGCCAGCUCGGCCCGUUCCUGACCCGGUGGCAGGCGGCUCCUCAGGCAACGCCUCAUGAUCCCUGCUAAUGCGAGGGAAUCUCACUCCUCCCUAUUUCCGGCCCUGGCACAGAAAACGCCUUUCUCCAGCUCCCCUCGCUCGCGCUGGCUGCCACUCCUGCUUCUCGCUGGGCUUGCACAGGGCUUUCCCCUCCCGGCGUUACGGGGCGGUCGCUGACUCGCAGUGUGCCCAGUCUGCUGCCCCGCAGGCGGCGAGCUCCGUGCCAGGGCCGGGAGCAGCCUGCGGUGUUGACGCUUUUGUUAUUCCCAUUAACGCAGGCUGACGGGGUCUAGCGAGCGGCCCUGGGGGAGGACGGGGACCGGGCUGGGCGGCGGGAGCGCAGAGGAACGAGGACACGGUUACCAAGCGAGCAGGCUGCCUCCCUGAGGUGGGAGGCCGGAGGGCACCGCGCCCGGCCUUACACACCAACCGGCGCAAAGCAUUUAAGCUUUGUACGCGCCACGUGACCCCAGCCUAAGGUCCCCGGAUGUCGGGGCCCUUUUCCCCCAUUCUGGUUGCUCGGUCACCGUAGGCCGGAAACUCCGCCCCUUCGCCUGGUUGCCAGGGAACUUGUGAGCCGGGAGCCCAGCCCGCUGAGCUGUUGUUGUGACGGUGACAGGCCCGGCCAGACCUGGUACCAACCCCCCGGCCGGACCUCCUGGCACCGACCCCCGCUGGCUCCGCUUCGCCCCGCACCAUGAAGUGGAUGUUCAAGGAGGAUCAUGCGCUGGAGCACAGAUGUGUAGAGUCUGCAAAAAUCCGAGCCAAAUACCCAGACCGUGUGCCGGUCAUUGUGGAAAAGGUCUCAGGCUCUCAGAUUGUUGACAUUGAUAAGAGGAAGUAUCUGGUUCCGUCUGACAUCACUGUGGCCCAAUUCAUGUGGAUCAUCAGGAAGAGGAUUCAACUGCCAUCUGAGAAAGCAAUAUUCCUCUUUGUAGACAAGACUGUCCCACAGUCCAGCCUAACUAUGGGACAGCUUUAUGAGAAGGAGAAGGAUGAGGAUGGAUUCUUAUAUGUGGCCUACAGUGGAGAAAACACAUUUGGCUUCUGAAUGCUGGUGUCUGGCUGCUGCACUAUCCUGCUAUGUAUCUUGUAAAUAGCGAAUUGUUUUCAGUUAUGACACCCACAGAGGUUUCUCCCAUACACAUCAUGCAUUUGUAACUGGAUUAAUUUCCUAAUAUAUUGAUAGGUCUUGUUUUAUUAGACUGGUAAAUUAUCGGGGUUUUUUCCUUUAUCGUGCAUUGUCCUCAUAGCUGUAAGUUCCCAGAGCCUCACCCCUCUGGAACACAUAUUUAAUGACAUUGUUUAUAUAUUGAUGCAAAGUAGUUGGGCUACUAAAACAUGAAAAAGAGGAACAUGCAUUUAUUCUGGAUUUAGGUUGAGGUGUUAGCUUGACAAGAAUUAAAAUAUUAAUUAUUCUUAGGAACACUGGCUUCACUAGGUUAUUCUGAGCAGUAGCAAGAUGCUUAUCAUAUUGAACUAAGUUAAUGUUCCUCUUUCUGAAUUCUAUUAAGGAGUAACUACAAUAAAAAUUCCUCCCACACACACGUUGUUGUGUGGCCAAUGUC